GCGACGGAAAGCAGUUGAAUUCUGGACUUGAUAGAGAUUGCUCGAGCUUGUCAUGCUGUGAUCGAGUGAAGUUAAAGGUCACCAGAGAUCUUCAGGUCAACCUCAAGUAGUCAAGUGCAAGGUCAGGAGGUCAGAGGUCAAAGGUCAGCCGGCAAGAUGACCCUGCGCGCCCUGCCCUUCCAGUUCCUUAACCUCGGCGGUGAAAUGAUGUACAUCAUCGACCACAGACUCAGGGCGCAGAACAUCCCUACAGACAGGGCCAAUAAGGGCAGCGUUUAUCAUCAAGCGACGGAGUAUAGCAGACCAGUCCUCGGAAAUAUGCUAGAAAUAUCCUUGCAUACGUCGUGGCUGCCCCCCUUCGUGGAGGAACUGUUCAAGCCUCAGGAGCUGUACACGCGCGCCGCCCUGCGUGAGGUUUUCGAUCGCCUCGCGCACGCGUCGAUCAUGCGGCUCAACACUCCGAGUAUGGAUAAGGUGGCUCACGACCUGAUGGUGAUGGCGAUGAAGCACCAGGUCCUCCUCGCCCCGCACCCGCGCGACCUGCUCCUCCUCACCCUCAACCACCUGGACGCCCUUAGGGGCUUCGCCACCUCCACGCCCGUCCUCGCCCAGGUGGAAGGGACGGCCCUCCUCUUCACGCAGACCUACGGCAAGAUGAACAUGGGGGAGCUUGCGAGCAUCCGCCACGCCCUCCUGGGUUUCGUGCAGGACCUUCGUAUCCGCGUGUCGCUCUUCCUGAAGGAGAACCAGCAGAAUCCUUCGGGAGCCUUCGUCAUCGACACCGACGGGGCUGUGCCGUAUGGCACGGAGGUCCCCGGCAGCGUCCGCAUCUUCGACAGCAAGGAGGAGGUGACGAGCCUGAAGAGGUUCGUGACGGGGGGACACCACGCCCCCUCGCUGCCCGUCGGGUCGCUGGCCCUCGCCGGGGAUCGGGUCACGACGCUUGGCACUAAUAUGUACUCCGGGCGGAUCGAGGGAAGCGCUGCCCCGGCAAUGGAGCGCAGCGCCUUCGACCAUGGGACAGCCUACCCCCAGCAGGCGCUUCCUGCACGGACAUCCACUCCUACGUUGCCCAGCGACCUCGACCAGAACAACCCCCCUCUGAGCGGCCGCGCGCGCAACGAACUGAACCUCCUCGCGCAGCUGAUCGGCGGGUCAGCGGCGGCGACCAACAAGGAGUUCAAGUUGAACCUUUUCCCGGCGGAUGAGGACCAGAGAAACGACAACGACCUGGAUGACCUGCUUCUGGCGCGCGACGUGAUCACCAUCGAGGCAGGCUGCCGCGGCGACCGACCCGAGCUGGGCAAGAUCCUGGGCGAGCUGACCUUGAACGAGGCCGACGCCAUCGAGGACAAAGGUCAGGACCUUUUGGACCUUAUGGACAGCUGCUGAGAGGGUGACAGUGGCGCGCGACAGCCUUCUUCUGCCUGAGGGACGAUGGCAGUUCAUUUCCUAUUCGCUUCUUGGAAGCCAUUCCCGGGAAUGAUUUCCGAUCGGAAACACAGCACCACAGGUGCAGUAGAGACGCGUU